AUGUUAACAUGCCCACUUCGCCAGAAGAUCGACAAGAACAUCCUUUCUUAUGUUAAGGAAACAUACGCGUCACACAGAGAUGAAGAGAUUCCAAAGACUCAAUUUCUUCUCCCCGACAUCACUAAGAAUUAUUUGAACCUAAAGACCCCACACCAUGAGACGAACCCAGAAGUCUAUUACGCAACACACAUGUCUGGAUACUCGAAUGUCUGCUUUAGCACAUAUCCUGUCAUUAAAGGAGUCAAAUUUGGAAAACCAAUUGCCGAUUGCACAACGGCAAACAUUUUUGAGAAUUUUGGAGUGUUUUGCAUUGCGGAUGGGUGUGGGAUGGGGAAGAACCCUGCUGCUUCUGCACAUGUUGCAUGCGAGAAGUUUGCGGAGUACGUCAUAUUCAAAAUUGGAAAGAAGAAGACGUUAGAUAAGGCGAUGGAUGUGAUCGUAGAGGCCAUAGCAUAUGCCCAAACCUUUAUUUUACAAACGCAGGAAGAGUCAAUAGAAGCUGGAUUAACCACAUUUCUUGGUACCGUCAUAUUAAGGACUGGAACGAGUUUUGCGGUGUUAUAUGCUGAUGUUGGUGAUUGUCGUGGUCUUUUAAUCAACCCUUCUAAAAAUAGUAUUGAAGAGUUAGUGACUAAUUAUAAGGGGAGGGUGGAUGUGAAAAGUACAGGAGGGCGUUUAGGUCCAGUGAAUGGGGAAUAUCCCGACCUUGAAAAUUUCAAAUGUGGGGUGCAAUUUUGUCCGAUUGGGACGACUAUUGUUUUGAUGAGUGAUGGCAUUGCGGAUAAUUUUGAUAUCAAAACGUUUUGUAAAAAGCCAACAUUGUGUGGGUUGGAUGGGGAAGAAUGGUUGGACGAGAAUGAAGAACACUGGAACAAGCGAAGAGCUGUCUUUUAUGAUAAUUUGUUGUCUUUGUAUCAAGAGAAUUCCCUUGAAAAAUUGUGUGAUAAUUUGUACCACUUCAUCGUCGAAAAAACAAGGAAAGUAAGAGAAAAUAAAAUAUUGAAAAUCAGCACAGAUGAUGGGGGAAAGAUGGACCACUCAACCUUCGCUUGUUACAAACUCGACGAUAAUCUCUUCUCAAGUAAAGUCAUUUCAAAAAAAGAACUGGAAAUUCCAGAGGGAAUGAAGUGA